UUGUUGAGCACAGAAUCGAGAUGACUGUCAAAAUGCGACAAAGGAUGAACUGGAUCCAGUUAGCAGCCCGUGCGACAUGCCGUCAGUGGGUUCAUGCUCCCCUCUUGAGCCCCGGUCGCCGCGCCCGGGUCCCGCUCUGGGCGGCAGAGAGGACCCAUUGAGCACGCUGCUGCUGGCAGGUGCCGCGGGUGGAGAGGAUUUCUUUUAGGAACGACGGCGACUACCUUCCCAUACAUACAACUUUUACUCCGUACACCUCCCGGCAAUGCUUCCAACCUCAAGCUGCCCGGAGAAACGACCCCGUGGCCACCAGCUUCAAUAACACCAAAUCACGGAUACUGCCCCGCCAACGCGCGCACCCUUCUGGCCGAGGUGUCGAGUCAACAAAGCCGAACGACUGCUUCGCGAACCGAACGACACACGAGCCGCGGCCGACGCAGAGAGCGCAAAAAAACAGGGGAACCCAGACCGAGAGAGAAGCACGACGACCGCCAGGACACCGCCAGCAGCAGCAGAAUAGCGUCGGAACUGGCAUUGAAUGGUCGCGACUUGCUGCGAGAAGCCGCCGGCCCUGCUUAAAUGAGCAACGAACUCGAAGCCCGUUGCGUAACCACGAGACCCAAUGGGAGAAGAGUCCACUAGACAAUGACGGCAACCGAAGCCAUGGAGAGGAUCGCCGGGAAUGAGACCAAGGACAUCAAGUCCGAGAGCAACACCAAGCCCAAGGAUCACCAUGCGCCUUCUACCGACGACCAACAGCAACACAACCAACACAACCACCACACCACCCACCACCAGACCCCCAAGAAGCGCCGCAAGGUCAGUCAUGCCUGCCUCUACUGCCGUCGAUCUGCGAGACCAUGUACGAGAUGUGUUAAGCGGAAUAUCGGGCACCUGUGCCAUGAUGAGCCCCGUGAUCAGGGGUCCAACAAGUCCAAGAGUGUCGUCGCCCCGUCUACUACGCACGGGUCUGCGUCUCAGUCAGACCUGGGCCGCGGCAACAUGAACCAGACAGCGGCAGACGCCUUGAGACUGGCCUCGUUCGAUGGGAGCUUGAGCUCCGGGACAGGAUCAGCCGCCAGUGCCGCCUUCGAUGCUGCUGCUGCGCUAGGCCAGAGUAAUCAGCUACAGCUCGUGCAACCCACGGCGGUGUCCGGCCUCCAAGGCAGCACGCUGGGUAGCAGUAUGAACCAAUUCGGCGGUUUCCCUGACUCCUGGUUAGCCUCCCAAAGCCAUUAUCACGACAUGCACAACUAUCACCCCAGCUUUGUAGUUCCCCAUGAGGUGUCGAGUGAGUUCGACGUCCUGAACAACUACCUGCGAGCCAACAUAUUCGAGGACCCCGUGGCUGCGCCCGAUGGUCAAAACCAAGGCCGCCCAAUCCCGGGGUUUCCCAGUAGCAGCUCCAUGCCGCCCCCGGCCACGGCUCCGGGGGCCUCUCUGCCCACGGCCAAUUCGGAACAAUCAGCUGCGGUUUCCAAGGACAAGACCCGAGAAUAUUAUCUCCAGGCAGCCGAUCCCAGCGGUAAUGCCGACGCGGAUGACCGCAUGCUCCAGGUUCUCACGGCCAAAGUCGAGGCUGGACUCCUCCAACCGUUUAACUAUAUCAAAGGCUACCAGAGUCUUCAAACAUAUCUCAAUGAGCACGUCAGCCCGGGGUCGAGACAAAAGAUCCUCCGACAACUCGAUCGUUUCCGGCCAAAGUUUCGCGAAAAGAUGCAGGGGCGGGACCACAUGUUUCUGACCAUCAACGAGAUGCAGAUAGAGAGUUCCCUGAUGGAGUACGACCGCGUCUUCGCCAGCAUGGCGGUCCCGGCAUGCUGCUGGCGUCGAACAGGGGAGAUUUUCAGGGGUAACAAGGAGAUGGCCGAGCUCAUCGACGUGCCAGUGGAGGAUCUCAGAAAUGGCAAGACUAAACUUCACGAGAUCCUGACCGAGGAGUCGGUUGUGCGGUAUUGGGAAGAGUUUGGAACCAUUGCCUUCGAUCCGCUCCACGACACCCUUUUGACAGCCUGCACACUCAAGAGCCCCAAUAAAUCGUCGAAAAAGGUGGUGAACUGCUGCUUUUCUUUCAGGAUAAAAAAGGACAACGCCCAAGUGCCGGGCUUGAUCAUUGGAAACUUCAUCCCCCACGACCCUUAA